AUGAGAGCCAAUUUAUUCAUUGUAAUUGCGCUGUUGCUUAACAUUGUAAUUGCUGCUCUUAGUAAUAAAGAACUCGUCACAUUGUCUAAAAACCUGAAGCAAAGAAUUAUUCACAUUAAUGAUGCGAACUAUAAGACACUCUUGGAAGGUCCAAGAGACUACCACAUGGUGGUCCUUAUGACUUCCACUUCUUCGCUGAUCAAUUGUGUGUUGUGUACUGAAUUUAAGCCAGAAUAUGAAUUAGUAUCUCUGUCCUGGUUCCAAGACCACCCUGAGGGCUUGACUGAAGAAGACCUUGAAGUAAGUGCAGACGAAGAAGGUGGGGAAAGUUUGAGCAAAGUAGCUCCAAAGAAUAUUUACUUUUUAUACUCUGAGUUCACUGACUCUAGAGAAUUCUUCGGAGUGUUCCAGUUAAACAACAUUCCAAAGGUUUUCUACUUCCCACCAUCAACCAACACUGAAAAGAACGCAUACCUCAAGGAAUCUCUUGAGUACCAAUUCUUUGCUGGGUCUCACAAAGAUCUACUCAUUGACUGGUUGAAACAAUUAACUGGCCAUGAAUUUCCAAUCUAUAUCCCACCUGACUAUACUAAACUUGUUACCAACAUCGUUGGAGCAUUAGCAUUCCUCUCAUUAUCUAAAAUUUUCCACAAGCAAUUGUUGAAGGUAUUGACGUCUAAGAUCAUCUGGAGUGGACUCUCUUUAAUUUUCAUAUUAUUGUUAACCUCUGGUUAUAUGUUUAACCAGAUUAGGGGAGUGCCAUACGUGAGAGAAUUGGGUGGUGGUAAAAUAGAAUACAUUUUGGCACAGCAACAAAACCAAUACGGGGUUGAAACUCAAAUCUUAUCGUUUGUCUAUGGAUGUUUGAGCUUAUUUAUGGUUAUUUUGGUGAAGAAGGUACCAGAAUUGAAGAACAGUCAAGUUCAGUUCAUAACAGUUGUUAUUUUCAGUUUCUUGAUCUUCUUCUUCUACGCUAUCUUGGUAGGAAUAUUUGGAUUAAAGGGUGCCGGAUAUCCAUUCAAGUUGCUUAGGAUGAUGAAGUAG